GCAGAAAGCCUCAAGCGGCAGAAAGUUGAGACAGAGGAACAGACCAGCACAAAGCAAUACAGAAAGACAGAGAGAGACAAAUGUACAUUGUUAUGAGUUCUUUCAAUUUUCUUGUGAAUAAAGGAUUUUUUGUGACUCAAUAAACUGGUGUAUUUUGGAGAAAAGCUACAGAGGCCCACAACCUGAAAUGUCCAGAGGUUUUAUUUUCUGUCAUGGAAGCGUAGUGGACAUAUAACCAAAAAUAGUGGCAAUGGGAUGCAACUGCAGUUCAGAGUAUGAUGAUGAUGACUGGAUGGAGAACCUUGAUAUCUGUGAGAAAUGUCAUUGUCCAAUCCUGCCAGAAAAUAACCCCCAGUAUUCUAACAAUUUUGACGUGAGAGAUCCGUUGGUGAAGUAUGAGUCUCCUCCACUUCAACUACAUUCGCCGCUGCAAGAUAAUCUCGUUGUCGCAUUAUACAGCUAUGAACCACAACACAAGUAUGAUCUUGGCUUUGAAAAAGGAGAAAAGCUGCGCGUACUGGAAUGCAAGAAUGGUGACUGGUGGAAAGCAGAGUCUCUCACAACUGGACAACAAGGAUAUAUUCCCUAUAACUUCAUAGCUAAACUUGACACAUUAGAGACAGAACAAUGGUUCUUCAAAGGCAUGAGCAGAAAGGAUGCAGAAAGAAAUCUCCUUGCACCUGGGAACACACUUGGCUCUUUUAUUAUCAGGGAGAGUGAAACCACAAAAGGUUCCUAUUCCUUAUCAGUGAGAGACUUUGAUGACAACAAUGGAGAUGUAGUCAAACAUUAUAAGAUCCGGAACAUGGAUAAUGGUGGCUACUAUGUUUCACCAAGAAUAACCUUCAAUAGCCUCAGUGAAAUGGUACAGCAUUAUAUGAAGACAGCAGAUGGACUCUGCACACGGUUGGUGAAACCCUGCCAGACAGGAAAGCCACAGAAGCCGUGGUGGCAAGAUGAGUGGGAAGUUCCUCGUGAAGCCCUAAAGCUUGUGGAGAGACUCGGAGCUGGACAGUUCGGAGAAGUCUGGAUGGGAUACUACAAUGGUCACUCAAAGGUAGCAAUUAAGAGCCUGAAACAAGGAUCCAUGUCCCCACAUGCUUUUCUCGCUGAAGCAAACCUCAUGAAGAACCUUCAGCAUGACAAACUGGUCCGGCUUCAUGCAGUAGUAACCCAAGAACCCAUCUUUAUCAUCACAGAAUACAUGGAAAAGGGUAGCUUAGUUGAUUUUCUGAAGACUCCAGAAGGUUCUAGACUGAAAAUGAACACACUUAUAGACAUGGCAGCACAGAUUGCAGAGGGAAUGGCAUUCAUUGAACGCAAGAACUAUAUCCACAGAGAUCUGAGGGCAGCCAACAUCCUGGUCUCAGAUAAACUUUCCUGUAAAAUUGCAGACUUUGGACUGGCCCGACUGAUUGAGGACAAUGAAUAUACAGCAAGAGAAGGUGCAAAAUUUCCGAUUAAAUGGACCGCACCUGAAGCAAUCAAUUUUGGCACCUUCACAAUAAAAUCAGAUGUUUGGUCAUUUGGAAUUCUGAUGACUGAACUUGUUACGUAUGGAAGGAUACCUUAUCCAGGCAUGACAAAUCCAGAAGUAAUUCAGAACUUGGAGCGAGGGUACCGUAUGCCAAUCCCUGAAAACUGCCCAGAAGAACUAUAUGAUGUCAUGAUGCGUUGCUGGUGUGAAAACCCAGAUGAUCGACCUACUUUUGAGUUCUUGCAGAGUGUUCUGGAAGACUUCUUUACAGCCACAGAAGGCCAAUAUCAGCAACAACCAGUAUAAAUGGCACAGAAGAGAGCAGGCAUGACAAGCCCAGCUUGAUAAUGUACCAGAUUGCACAUUCCAUUGGAUACAGACAAUGUUACAAGCUAAAAUUUAGAACGAUGAGGAACUUUACUGUGUAACAGCAUUAGGAUAUCCUUAUCUACCUGCCUUUUGGAAAACUUUAUCUCCUGACAGAUUAGUAUUGAAGUACCAUCUUUCUAUAAAAACAAAAAAGAAAAAGAAAAAAAAAUUGACUGCAACAACUUUUACAUCUGAAUUUACUGUUACGUGUAGCUUAGAACAUGUAUUGACCUGUGCUGAGCUUAUAAUGGGAGCACAGACGUUCUUAAGCGCUUGCUAAUAGUAGAGAUUCCAUUCUAAUUAUCAUACAAAUCACUUGCAGGUGGACUUUGUGUCAAAACACAUUUUAAGUGGUCCUGUUGCUCCAGAUGCUGUACAGCAAACUGUUUCAGCCAUUAGCUCAGUGACCAUAAAUAAAUUUGCCUAUCUUUAAAUAUACCUUUUUAAUGUUUUUACUGAACUGUACUAUGUGCGUUAUGUCUUUAGUAUUGUUAUCACUUACUUAACUUUGUCUAAAGAAAGAAGGAUGAUUCUGAAGAGCAGGGUGGUUACCCCACCUUUUGUGGGUCACAGGCUGCACAGGUCUAAGGUAACAGAAUUCAUACUCAGGUGUGUGCGUGUGUGUGUUUGUUUAAAAGCCAGUAUCACCAAGGCCCAUGCCAUGUGAGGACAAAGUCCUGACUACACUUCAGAAGACCCACCAUCUAUUAGUAACAUUAGCACUGGAGAGACCAGGAAAGAGAAAAUGGGGGUGCAAAGCUCAAGCUAAUUCACUGAUUGGUGGGGGGUAAAAGUGGCUGAAGAAAAACAAAGUAUCUUGGUUACACUGUAAAACAACUUAUUCCUGAUAUUCUGUCAUUCAAACUAUUCUAGGCCUAUAUUGUGUUUAAAUAGUAAUAGCCUGAUAUACAGGAUGUUAUUAAUGGCUUUUUCUUUGUCUGUUUCUCGUUCUCUCUCUGUCAUAGGCUUAUAUUAUAGUGCUGAUUAGAUAGAUCAUUUGUAGUCCAGCUGCUCAGAAUCCCAAUAGUUACUACCCUUUAUUGUGAGUAGAUUUUGCUUCUUACUGCCCCUUUCUGUGAGAGGUAGAGGGCCAGUCCUGUGGGGUGAAUUUACUGUCUUACAUCCGCUUGUUUAGCUUGUGCUUGAAAAGGACC